AAUGUCGUCAGCACAUGACAUACACUCUUGAUCAAGACCUUCAGGGCAGUUCCAUUCAGCACUGUGCCUGACACUACUCAGCUGCAGAGACGAACAACCCAAGACUAACCUGGGCAGAACUCAGGUUAAGGAGUCACAAAGACGGCGAGUGAAACCUGAGAGCAUUAAUAGAUCCAUUUCAGUAACUGAGCAGGAAAUGGCCCAUGCGGAAUUCAAUCUUCAAGUUGCUUCUCAGGAGCUUCAAGAGACUGACAAGAACUAUCUCUGCAAAGGGAGGUACAUUGCUGAGGUUCUGGGAAUCAUCUGCCUUGUCUUGAUGUCCACUGUGGUAAAAAUAAACGUUAUUCCCUGUAAGACCAGAGCAGAACAAAACCUCCCUGGAAACAAGAUCCAGAAAGCGUGUCUCUGUUGUCAUUGUCUGAAAGAGUGGUUUACGUAUUCCAACAAUUGCUAUUACAUUAGCACUGAGGGAAAAUCAUGGAAUGAGAGUUUGACGUCCUGUGCUUCCAAGAACUCUAACCUGCUCUACUAUGAUGAUGAAGAGGACAAGUUUUUGUUGAAUUUACUCCCUGCUACUACAUGGAUUAGAGGCUCCCAGAGAAGCCAUCAUAGUUCAUCUGUGCAGCCAAAAGCCUUACUAUUUUCUUCCGAAGUGUUGUCAGCAUCUUCAGAGAGUGACAAGAAUUGUCCAUAUUUCGAUUUUCAAAUAAGAAAAACUUAUUUUGCACCCUGCUCAGUAAUAAAAUCAUAUGUUUGUAAGCACCAAGUGUUUUAGUUACCUCAUUUUGAUAUAAUGGUAUUUCACCAUUUAUAAAGAAUACAUCUCUCAUUAUUUCAAAAGCGAUAUGACUAUUUUCUUUGUAUAUUUUUAAGAUAAUAUUUUUUAGUGUAAUUUUAGUCUCACAACAAAAUUAAGAAGAAGCUCCUGAGAUUUCCUGGAUUGUCCCUGUCUGCACAUGUGCAUGGCCUCUCCCAUUCUCAACAUCACUCACUAGAAUGUUUCAUUUCUUACCAAGGAUGAAUCCGCAUCAAUGCAUAUAUAUCGCCCAAAGUCCAAAGAGUAUUGAGGCUUCAUUCUUGGUGUUAUGGAACUGUUCUCAAAUUUAAUUAUAUUAGUGUAAAAAAAUA